CGCCCAUGGUUACCACGUAAACAAGUGUCGUCACCACCCAAAGAACAAAACAGAUUUCCCAGCACAGAUUUCAAAGUUUUUGGCGUCUAGUAAGAGUUUUGGGGCAUUUUAACGCCAUUAUUCCACCUUACACCACACAAGAUGAGUGACGAAGCAGAUAAAGGAGAAAAGGGCGAAAAGCCAGCCUUGGAGGAAAAUGCCUUUGAGGCCCUGGAAAGAGACUUUCAGGAGGUUCUGAAUGAACUCAUGGGAGACAAGAGUCUGGAGAAGUUCCGUGUUGAGUACGAGAAACUCCACCGAGCGCUGAAGAAGUCCCACGAGAGCGAGAAACGUCUCAUGCAGAAAUGUCGCGAGCUCAACGCCGAGAUUGUCGCCAACUCCGCCAAGGUGUCCACCGCCCUGAAGCUGUCCAGAGAGGAUCAGGACACCAUCGCUUCCCUGAAGAAGGAAAUCGAGAAGGCGUGGAAGAUGGUGGAUGCAGCACACGAGAAGGAGCAGCGGGCACGGGAAACCAUCCAGUCUCUGAAGCAGGAGAUCUCCAACCUGACCAAACUGGUGGAACAGGGGGCAGGACUUACCAUGGGGCAGGAACACAAUGUGAAUGAGCUGUUGAAGAUCAAGGAGGACCUGACAAAGGAGCGUGACCAGCAGCUUGAGGAGAUUGUGAAGCUACGUGAGAGUCUGGCCAAGGCAGGAGAAACGGCAAUGAAGGCAGAGCAGGACAGGGCUGAUGCUGAGGCCAAAAUCACUGAGCUGAACCAAGAUAUCCAGAUGAGGACGAACGAGGCACAGCGUGAGCAGCGUAAGAAGGAGAAGAUGGAGCGUGAGUUGAAGAACUCCAGACAGGAGCUGGAGACCAAACAGAAGGACAUGCAGUCCAAGGAGCAGCAGCUGCAGAGGAACAAGGAGGAUCUGGCUCGCUUUGAGCAGCAACUCAAGGAGCAAAGGAUCCAAAAUGAGAGGCUGGUGAAGGAGUCAGACGUGUUGAACCAGCGCUUCACCAAGUUACAGAACGACUACGAGAACCAGCUCAUCAGCGCCGACCAGCUGGCUCAGGAGAACCAGACUAAAGUACAGGAACUCAAGCAAAAAGAGGAUGAGAUCCAGGCCCUGCGUCAGGACACGCUGCGCAUCACCAAGAUGCGGGAGGCCAUCCAGCGCAAACUGAGACAGACAGAGGACCAGAAGGGAGAGGCUGAACAGUCCAAGGAGACCCUGAAGAGCCAAAUUGUUGGGCUGGAGAGAGAACUGGAAGCCAGUAAAAAGCAGGCAGAGGCUGACAGAAAGGCCAUUGAUGAUCUUGUCCGAGAACGAGAUAUCCUAAACAAGAACAUGCUGAAGGCAGCAGGACAGACCCAGAAGCAGCUGAACCUGGUGCGUCUCCACGAGCAGUCCAAGAAGAACCUGGAGCAGGAGAUCCAGAACUACAAGGAGGAGGCUGCAAAGCAGCGCAAGAUCAUCUACCAGCUGGAGAAGGAGAGGGAUCGCUACAUUAAUGAAGCAUCCGAACUUACACAGAAGGUUCUGCAGCACAUGGAGGAUGUUAAGGUGCGUGAGAUGCAGAUCUUUGACUACAAGAAGAAGAUUGCAGAGGCGGAGACCAAGCUGAAGCAGCAGCAGAACCUGUACGAAGCCGUGCGCAGUGACAGGAACCUGUACAGCAAGAACCUCAUCGAGUCACAGGAUGAGAUCACAGAGAUGAAGAGGAAGUUGAAGAUCAUGAACCACCAGAUCGACCAGCUGAAGGAGGAGAUCACAGCCAAGGAAGACGCUCUGGUCAAGGAACAUCUGGAGCAUGAGAGGGUCCGCAAGGAGAAGGAGGCUCUCAAGGCUGAGCUGCAGCGUAUGAAGCAGCAGGCAGCGGAGAGUAAGGCGUACAUCGAGGCACAGGAGGCCGAGGAGCGCAAACUGCUGAAGAUCAUCGCUGAGGCUGACGCCGAGAGGAUGAGGCAGAAGAAGGAACUGGACCAGGUGAUCAGUGAGCGUGACAUCCUGGGCACACAGCUGGUACGCAGGAACGAUGAGCUCGCCUUGCUGUAUGAGAAAAUCAAGAUCCAACAGUCCACUCUCAACAAGGGUGAGAUCCAGUACAGACAGAGACUGGAGGAUAUCCGCCUGCUGAAGCUGGAGAUUAAGAAGCUUCGCCGUGAGAAGGCCAUCCUCACCAAGAACUGUGCCAACGUGGACGAUCUCAGACGUGAGGUGUACCACAUCCAGCGGGAGCUGCUCCGAGAGCGCACACGCUGUAAGGCCCUGGAGGAGGAGCUGGAAAACCCCAUGAACAUCCACAGGUGGAGGAAACUGGAGGGAAGUGAUCCCAGCACCUAUGAGAUGAUCCAGAAGAUCCAGACCCUACAGAAGAGGCUGAUCCAGAAGACAGAGGAGGUUGUUGAGAAGGAGCUGUUGAUCCAGGAGAAGGAGAAGCUGUACGUGGAGCUGAAGCACAUCCUGGCUCGCCAGCCGGGGCCAGAGGUCGCAGAACAGCUACAGAUCUACCAGCAGGCUCUCAAGGAGAAAAACAAGCAGCUCAAGUCCAUGGCAUCAGAGCUGAACAUGUACGACUCACAGAACUCAGAGUACAAGUACGAGAUCGAACGCCUGGCGAGGGAACUACAGGAUGUUAAGAAGAAAUACUUCAUGCAGAAAAGGAAGGAACAACAACAAAAGGAGAGAGAGAGAGCUCUGCAGCAAGCUGGUGCCCCUAUCAUCCAGCCCCAGAGAACAGACCAACCACGUUUCACCGGCGGGGGAUUCAACCUCAGACAGCCACAACAAGCCAAAACUGUCGCCUAGAACUCUCCAACACUGUACUGUACACACUGGUGUUU